AUGUUUAAGAACUCGCUGCUAGAAUGGGCAGUUCAUAAAAUAACAAGAGAGACAGGCAAUACAAUUAUCCAUUUUGCUGCACAUGGUAGUAAGGAAAAUGGACAGAUUGCUCUUGCUCCUUCAAAACCUACGACGUACUCGAGUCCAGCAGAGGAGAAGGACUGCAUCUUGACCAUGAGAGAAGUUCAAGAGAUGGGAAUUCGUGCUCAACUGGUUGUCCUCAGCUGCUGCUACAGUGGUCGAGGAGACAUCAAGUCUGAAGGAGUUGUAGGAAUGACUCGAGCCUUUCUUGCUGCAGGAGCUCGUGCUGUUGUAGCGUCAUUGUGGGCCAUUGAUGAUACAGCAACAAUGUUCUUUAUGUUGAAAUUCUAUUCCCAUCUUAAGAAUGGAGAGAGUGCAAGUAAGAGUCUGCAGCAGGCAAUGAAGGACAUGAGAGAUAUAUACGAGGAACCAAUGUACUGGGCUGGAUUCUUUCUGAUUGGAGACGAUGUCACCAUCACAGUGUGAUUGAACAUUAAUUCGAUAACUCAACUACUUUCACUACGUUCACUUAGUCUUUUAAUUGUCCAAUUAUUUCUUUAUAAAGCUUACCAUAGUUGCAAGAACAUAGAUUCUUAAGGUUUCUUUCUAUCAGAAACCUGCA